CGCCAGUUCUCUAUCACCCCCUUCAUCACGAGUGCCAUCUCGUCCGCCGAGACCGUCCUCACCACCCUGCACUCGGUAACCGCCACACCAUGGUACAUCACCAUCCCACUCUUCGCCCUGACACUCAAUCUAUUCACCCGCCUGCCGGCGGUGAUCUACUCGCGGCGCGUGGCGGUGCGGCGCGCCACACUCCAGCUGCAGCCGCUGGAGCGGGCGUAUGUGGUGCGGUUGAGGAGCGAGCUGAUCCGGGACAUGGCGGAGGAGGUAAAGACGAAUAAUGGGAGUAGUCACAGAUCAAGUCUGGCGACAUUGGACAAGCGGAAGAGGCUGUUAUUGAAAGCGAACAAUCAGGAGACCGCGCGGCGGAAUAAGCGGUGGGGCGUGCAGAGGUGGAAGGAUUGGGUGCCCUCUCUCAUGGUGUUUCCCUUCUGGGUGGUCGGGAUUGAGGCGCUGCGGAGGAUGUGUGGUGGGCCGAGGGGGCUGCUGGGCACGUUUGUUCUUGGGCCGCCGAAGAAGCAGCCCGAGGCGGAUGGUGCGGUUGCUCCUGGGGGGUCUUCGGGGGGAGGAGUGGGAACGGGUGGAAUCGAGGGUCAAGUGCACGAGACGCUGGCCAGCGCUGUCUCCGGCGUCGGCGCCGAUACUUCGAUGGCGACGGGCGGCUGUCUCUGGUUUCCUGACCUCAUGGUGGCGGAUCCAUACCAUGUCCUGCCGCUUGCCCUGUCUGCUAUCCUCGUGAUGAAUCUGGUGCCGAAGUCGCAGGUUGGGCUAAGGGCCCUGCUCAAUUUGGAUACCCCGCCGGAAGCCACGGUGGCCACGUCCAAGUGGCGCCUGCGGAUGCACAGGGGAUUCCUGGUUGUCGCUACGUCCGCCGGCUUCCUCACGAUGGACCUGCCGGCCGCCUUGCAUCUGUAUUGGGUCACCUCGGCAGCACUGACGUGGGCCCAAACUUCGAUCGUAUGGAAGCUGAUGCCGCUUCCCAAGCAGGUCCCUCCAGCCAAACCAAAGGAGCGGCCUAUUGUUCCACCG